ACUACUUAAAUCUGGCAAGAGCCCGACGCCAGGCUUUGCAAGAAUGGAGUCCGUAAAACAAAGGGUUUUGACCCCAGGAAAAGAGGGGCUAAAGAAUUUUGCUGGAAAAUCCCUCGGCCAGAUCUACAGGGUGCUGGAAAGGAAGCAGGACACCGGGGAGACCAUCGAGCUGACGGAAGAUGGGAAGCCCCUGGAGGUGCCCGAGAAGAAGGCGCCGCUGUGCGACUGCACGUGCUUCGGGCUCCCGCGCCGCUACAUCAUCGCCAUCAUGAGCGGCCUGGGCUUCUGCAUCUCCUUCGGCAUCCGCUGCAACCUGGGCGUGGCCAUCGUGGACAUGGUCAACAACAGCACCAUCCACCGCGGGGGCAAGGUCAUCAAGGAGAUCUAUGAAUUCCUUUUGUUUUUCAGGGUUUUUGGAGCUGCCAUACUUCUUACCUCUACCCUGAAUAUGCUAAUCCCAUCAGCAGCCAGAGUGCACUAUGGGUGUGUCAUCUUUGUUAGGAUACUGCAGGGGCUCGUUGAGGGUGUCACCUACCCAGCCUGUCAUGGCAUAUGGAGCAAAUGGGCCCCCCCUCUCGAGAGGAGUAGAUUGGCCACCACCUCCUUUUGUGGGUCCUACGCUGGGGCUGUGAUCGCGAUGCCGCUGGCGGGCAUCCUGGUGCAGUACACGGGCUGGUCGUCCGUGUUCUACGUCUACGGAAGCUUUGGGAUGGUCUGGUACAUGUUUUGGCUUUUGGUGUCUUAUGAGAGUCCUGCAAAGCAUCCUACCAUUACAGAUGAAGAACGUAGGUACAUAGAAGAAAGCAUUGGAGAGAGUGCAAAUCUUUUAGGUGCAAUGGAAAAAUUCAAGACUCCAUGGAGGAAAUUUUUUACAUCUAUGCCAGUCUAUGCAAUCAUUGUUGCAAACUUCUGCAGAAGCUGGACUUUUUAUUUAUUGCUUAUUAGUCAGCCAGCAUAUUUUGAGGAAGUCUUUGGAUUUGAAAUCAGCAAGGUUGGCAUGCUGUCUGCGGUGCCGCACUUAGUAAUGACAAUUAUUGUGCCUAUUGGAGGGCAGAUCGCAGACUUUCUAAGAAGCAGGCAAAUCCUCUCAACCACUACAGUAAGAAAGAUCAUGAACUGUGGUGGUUUUGGCAUGGAAGCGACUCUGCUUCUGGUCGUCGGCUACUCUCACACUAGGGGGGUAGCCAUCUCCUUCUUGGUACUUGCCGUGGGGUUUAGCGGAUUCGCUAUAUCAGGUUUCAAUGUUAACCACCUGGAUAUUGCUCCAAGAUACGCCAGUAUCUUAAUGGGCAUUUCGAAUGGAGUUGGCACCUUGUCGGGAAUGGUCUGCCCUAUCAUCGUGGGUGCGAUGACAAAAAAUAAGUCACGCGAGGAGUGGCAGUACGUCUUCCUGAUCGCUGCCCUCGUCCACUACGGCGGAGUUAUAUUUUACGCAAUCUUUGCCUCAGGAGAGAAGCAACCCUGGGCAGACCCUGAGGAAACAAGUGAAGAGAAAUGUGGAUUUAUCCACGAAGAUGAACUUGAUGAAGAAACGGGGGACAUUACUCAAAAUUAUAUAAAUUAUGGUACCACCAAGUCUUAUGGCGCCACGACGCAGGCCAACGGCGGGUGGCCCAGCGGGUGGGAAAAGAAAGAAGAAUUUGUACAAGAGGAAGGGCAAGACUCGCGCACCUAUGAGGACCGGGAUGAGUACUCACAACACAGCUAAUCGCUGGAUUUAUUCUUAGUGUUUGUGAUUAACUUAAUUGUGAUUGCACACAAAUUUUAAAAAUCUGUGCUGUGAACAUGUAAACAUAUCAACCAGGCAAGUCUUGCUGUAAAAAUGAAAUGAAAACAAACUCAUGAAUUACCAUCAAGUGCAAUCUGUAGAAGUUGUGAAAUCCCAUCAUUUCCAUUCAGGUCAUCUAUUCUUGCGUUUGUGCUUUAAAGGUUGACUGACCAAAAACUGUAGAAGCCAGUAGUUACUCAUUGGAUUCAUGUGAGCUAAAACUCAUCACCAUUUAGUAAAGCACAACUAAAACAGUUGGCACAUUUCAUCCUGCAAAGGUUAGGAAGCCAAAGCUACUUGAUCAUGUCAAAUGCACUUAUAUAUUUGUUACACGGCAUUGCAAAAUCUCAUGCAGAAGUCCUGUUUAAAAAAAAAAAAAAAAGUAAUGCCAUUGUUGGCUACAUUGGAUGUUGACAAUGUUUAUUGGCUAUAAAUCAUGAAGUUGGGGUAUCUCUCAAUUAGAGAAGAAUAUUGUGGGCUAGCAACUAGCAAGGCAUAUAAAAUAACUAUAAUUAUUACAUAAUGUGGGCUAUUUUGUUGGUUAUCAAAAGAAAUGUCUUGCAGUGGUUUAUAUGAAAUGCUUGGGCACAAACACAUAUCUGUGAAAGAGAAUUUGUAAAGUGUGGGGUAUGCUUCAUGUUCUUCCAUUCAUUUACCUGACAGUAUAAAACACUUCACAUUUUAAUAAAUCUGACUUUUCUCAUGUAGCAUAUCACAUAACUUUUUUGCAAAAAAAAAAUUAAAAAAAGACUUCAAUGUAUUUUUUAUUACAACUUUGUACAGGUUGUAACUUGCAUUAGGAAAAAAACAGAUGCACACACUGUAAAGAAUCUAAUAAGAAAUUUGCUAUGGAAAUAGAGCCCUGAACAUGCAAUAUUAACAACAAAAGAAAUAGAAAACGGUUUAGAUAUUCUUUUUCCUU